GACGAACAACCAGAAUGUCGACCUUCAUCGCUGGCAAAGAAGUUGGACCAAUCGGUUUCGGCCUAGCAAGUCUCACAGCCAAAUCACCUCCGACCCCUUACGAUGAAGCCUGCAAAGUCCUGAAAAUAGCUCUAGAGAAAGGUGCUAACCUCCGGAACGGCGGCCAAUUCUACGGCCCCCAAAACGCCAGCUCCCUCCAGCUCCUCAACCACUACUUCACGCUCCAUCCAUCCGACGCCAAAAGGGUAGUCCUCAGCAUGAAGGGGUGUUUCAACCACCCAACCUACAUCUCAGAGGGACCACCCGGACCAGACUGCUCUCCGAAAGGAAUCAAAACCAGCAUCGAAAAAUGUCUCGAGGUUCUCGGCGGCAAGGUUUGUAUCGAUAUUUUCGAGCCUGCGAGACUUGACCCAAAUGUCCCUGUCGAGGAUACGAUGGAGACACUCUCCGAGUACGUGAAAGCAGGAAAGAUAGGCGGAAUCGGUCUCAGUGAAGUAAACACCACAACGAUUCGUCGCGCACAUGCCGUUCAUCCACUCUCAGCUGUCGAAAUCGAGUUAUCACUCUUCACAAUCGAGCCACUUACAAACGGCAUCCUGGAUACCUGCGCAGAAUUGAACAUUCCUGUUGUCGCAUACUCUCCUUUCAGUAGAGGUUGGUUGACUGGACAAAUUAAUCAUCUUGAUGAUAUCCCGCAGAAUUUCGGCAGACUCUAUCCGAGAUUCCAUCCGGAUGCUUUUGGAGGGAAUCUUAAGCUGGUACAAGCGAUUGAGAACGUGGCGAGGAGGAAGGGAUGUAGCCUUCCACAGGUGGCACUUGCAUGGGUUAUUGCUAUUGGGAAGGGGAAAAUCCGGGGGGGACCAAUCGUGGUUCCCAUACCCGGAUGCAAGAGUGUGGAUAGGGUUAAGGAGAAUCUGACAAGCGUUGAACUGGAUGAGACCGAUUUGAACGCGUUAGAGAAGAUCCUGGGGGAGAUUAAUGUUUGUGGCGACAGGUAUGGGGAGUCACUCAAGAAAUACAUGAACAUGUAACUUCUUGAGAGGCUGAAUAGAGCGACGAAGCAUCUAUAAUAGUUGCGUGUAAUGCCUCUGGAGGCUACAGAAACAAGAGGCGCGAUGUUGGAACGCUAGGCUGUGAACAAGAUGCGCGGAUACUUUUAUUUAGUAUUAACAAACUCAAAAUACGAUAUAAGAGUAUAUUAAUACUAAUAAGAACUAUAACGGCGGAAUUAAUGCAAUAGUU